UGUUGAAAUGGUACAACCCAUAGUAAACAAAAAUGGCUGCCAGAAAUUUGUUAUUCAGCCUAUUCCAUGACUCCUGAACUAGACGUUUUCAAAGGACUUUGCAUUUAAACCAGCCCUUUGAUUGGUAUCCCCUUUCACCAGGAAGGUUUUAGAGGAUUUGGAGAGUUGUUAUCACUGUGUAGGACUGACUGAACUAACCCUAAAGAGCAUGGUACAUGAAACCAAGGACAUUUCUUGUAUAAUGUCUCUGAUGAAACCUUAAGGGGGAGGGCAAAUAAUUGUCAUAGUACUGAAUACUUCAAAACCAAUCUGAAUUUCACCAUGUUUGAUCCAGGCACAUACAGCAUUGCCUACUACUUUGCAACAUUUGUUGCAGUUUGUAUUGCAACUUGGUGGUAUUGCAAUAACAUACAACGGCACAGGACUGCAAUGCUGAAUUCCUCUGGGGAAGAAUCUUACUCCAAGUGUACUUCACCUGGUUGCCUUCGAUGCCGCAGUAACAGCCACGCCAGGGGACUCAUGCUACAGAAGUUAGUGAGACACUUUCAUGACAGUGACCUUCCCAUCGGUGCAGUACAGAAGGUCAUUAAGGCAUUGCAAGAGAAGGAUGGCAGCUUGGAAGGCAGCAGACACCCCAUGCAGCAGCCUUCAGUCCUGUACCUGCAAGAUCUGGACACAAAACCUGUGUGGACUGACAGUAUCACGUUAGAACACGACAUGAAAACAUUGGAGAAAAAUGCAGAAAUUUUAAAGUCAGAAUUUUCUGCAAUCAUCAGUGAAAAUGGAUGGAAGAUUAACAACACCCCAACAGGCCAGUGGAAGGCAUUGUACCUCAUCAACCAAGGGGUUCGAGUCCAGGAGACUUGCCAGAAAUGUCCAAAGACAGCAAAGAUUUUAGGGAAGCUGAAGUUUCUGAUGAUUGACAGUGGUUUUGGAAAUGCCUGCUUCUCUGUGGUCAAUCCUGGGACUCAUAUCACAGGCCAUUAUGGGCCAUGCAACAUACGAGUUAGAUGCCAUCUAGGCUUACAGGUGCCAGAAGGAUGUGCCAUCACAGUUGGAGGGCGGAGACUGAUGUGGACAGAGGGCAGGUGUCUCCUCUUCGAUGACUCCUUCUUCCAUGAAGUGCAUCACCAUGGCAACCCAAAGGACCCACCCAGAGGUUUCAUGGUGGACUUUUGGCACCCUCAGGUGACCAGUCUGGAGAGGACAGCACUCAACUUUCUGUACCCUCCACAAUGAAAAUGAUAAAAAGAACUGCAUGGAGAAUAUUGCUUGUACUUUUCCCUAUACAAGCUGUGUCUGCUAUACAGGGAAGAAGAUAUGGCCUAGAUUAACAAGUCAGAGAUACCAUCAGUUGUGGAUACUAGAUGGAUAAUAUGUGAUGUACUCUUGUUCUUUGGUACAUGUAUAGUUUUUAAAUACCCUUGUUACUUGAUGCUCAAGCAGGAAUAAGGUAAUUUUUGUACUUUGAGAGGGUUACUAGUAUUAUUUCAAAUUGGCAAUUUGAAUGUCAAGUUUUGUGAAUUUAAAGAAAUUGUGCUUCCUUCAUUAUGUCAGUAUUUGUCAUAGCAUAUGUUAGGCAUUAAGUUCUAAGUUUUUGUGCAUUCUUAAAUGUAGUACUCGUGUAGGUAAGAAUUGUAAGCCAUGCAGAAUUAAUCAUGAAAUAAUUAUAUGCUCUGUGGGAAGAAAACACUUGUUGCCACUUUGACUAGCGGCAGAAUGUCCUGAUACUAUUGAUUCCAACAUUUUCUGCAAAUCAUAUGGGACAGAAACCAUACAGCUUGAUUCACGAUUGAUUGGACAAUAAAUUAAAACAAGGGAUUCUUUAAGUGAGGUAAAUACACAGCCCUGCAAAUGUGAUGCACAUUUUCAAAUACCGGUACAUUUAAGGCUUUGACAUUUCUUGGCUAGGAUUCUGUUGCUUAGUGCCAAAAACUGUGUACAUCAAAGUCAUCAAAUAUUUACAACAAAACUAUGCUCGC